AUGCAAGCGGUAGAAAGAAGACCUUCGCUGCUCUUUGACGAAUAUCAGAACUCCAUCACUAAGCCUAAUGAGACGAAGAAUAAAGAGGCCAAGAACAACAGUACUGCUUCCCCAUCUAAAUUAAAGCAGAAGGAGAUUUCUGUGGAUGAUAUGGAUAUGAUUUCAUUGCCCACGGACUUCGACAGGCAAAUGGAUUUAGGCUCGCCCAUGUUUUUCGAUCCUGAGGAUGAAGAGAAUAAAAUUGAUCCGAUUCCUUCGAUAUCGCAUCAUUAUGGAAACAUCGACGAUGGUAGUUUCGUUCCCUCAUAUUUACCCUCAAAUUUAAAGAUUGAUCAAAAUGUCAAGGACCUCUUUGCUAAUCCAUUUGAGUUGGUCUCUCAAAUGAGGAAAAGAUAUAUCACUACCUCUAAACAAGAUGGCGUUUCCAAUAUCAAGAACGACUUACAAAACUGGUUCUUAUAUCCUAAGCCUUUACCCAAGUUUUGGAAAUUUGAAGAUGACAAACGUUUACAAGACCCCUCAGACUCGGAUUUGAACGAGGGUGGGGACAAUACUGCGGCAGGAGCCAUCACACCGCAUCAUCAUGGGUACUACUACCCAAGUUACUUUACCGAUCACUAUUAUUAUGCAAAGUCGGAUCCGAAGGAGAAAGGUAAAGUGAAAGUGCCAUAUACUGGUGAGUAUUUCGAUUUAAAUCAUUAUAAAGAACAGUAUGUGUCCCAUUUAAACAAACAAAAGGAUAAACAAUAUUCCUCUUUGUGUCCUAAUUCUAGUGAAGAAGAGCCACAGGAGGAAGAAUACUUGACAGAUGUGCCUACAUUCCAAGAGUUUAGGGACGAUUUUGCAUACGUCAUAGAAUUAGUUCAAUCCCAUAAGUUUAAUGACAUUUCACGAAAGAGGUUAUCUUAUUUAUUAGACAAAUUUGAAUUGUUUCAGUACCUAAAUUCUAAAAGAGAAAUUUUAGCGAACAAAAAUGUUCCCUACAGAGAUUUUUAUAAUUCUCGUAAGGUAGACAGAGAUUUAUCUUUAAGCGGUUGCAUUUCUCAACGUCAACUUAGCGAAUAUAUCUGGGAGAAAAUAAACUUAGAACCUGACAGAAUAGUAUAUCAAGACGCGGAAACAUCAAAAAAAUUCACAUUGUGUGAUAUCUUUCAGUUUGGCUGCUCUGCCGAUGAUCUGCCUAUUGCGGUUGGGUUGAAGUUGAUUGAUGACGAAUUCCUGGACUGGUAUAAAAAUGUCUAUCUAAUAGACUAUCAUUUAACUCCUAACAAAUCAGCAAAUCUGAACGGUAAAGAAAUGAGGUUUUUUCUACUGGCCAAAGUCUUUCUUGAAUUUGAUAACUUCAUUGAAGGUGAGUAUCUUGCAGAAAUUUUUAUAAAAUACGUUAUCCACAUCCUGGAAAAAUCAAAGUAUCAAUUGGCCCAGAUAUCCGUUAGUUUCCAAUUUUAUUCUGAUGGUAAGGAUUGGUAUAAAAAAUUUUCACAGUGGUUGUUGCGAUGGAAGCUGGUAUCAUAUAACGUUCGCUGGAACAUACAAAUUCCUAGAAUCUUUCCUAAGUUAUUCAAGGAAAAUGUUGUCUCUAAUUUCCAAGAAUUUUUGGAUCUAAUAUUCAAUUCUUUAUUUGAUCUGGAAAAAAAUGAAACGAUGGAUUCAUCAGUGGAUAGUGAUACCAUUGGCGUCCAGUUUUUCUUAUCAAACGUUUGUUCUAUGGACUUAGUCAUUAAGGAAUCCGAUGAAUAUUACUGGAAAGAAUUUACUGACGUGAAUUGUAAGCCAAAGUUUUGGACUGCACAAGGCGAUAAUCCUACUGUUGCACACUACAUGUAUUAUAUUUACAAGAAUUUAUCAAAGUUGAAUUUCUUAAGGUCACAAAAUCUUCAAAAUACAAUCAUUUUAAGAAACUAUUGUUCGCCGUUAUCUAGCAGAACUUCUCAAUUUGGCGUAGAUUUAUUUUUCACAGACCAAAUAGAGUCGUUGGUGUGCAACCUACUACUUUCUAACGGCGGGUUAUUACAGGUGGAGCCACUUUGGGAUACGGCAUCAAUGAUUCAAUAUCUAUUUUACCUUUUUCAAAUUCCUAUUCUAGCUGCUCCAUUAUCGUCUGUGUCGCUAUUAAAUUCUGAAAAAUCUUCCACCUUAAAUCAUAAAAGCAUUCUCCUCGAAAGCGAUUAUUUGAAAGAUCAAGCCUCCACCAAGAUCAACCCUUCUAGAGAUAUUACUAUUGACGAGCAAAGGUCAUAUGAAACAAACCCUUUUAUGAAAAUGUUUAGAAUGGGAUUAAAGGUUUCUUUGUCGUCAAAGUCGAUUCUUUAUAAUAGUUCCUAUACGUUAGAACCUCUGAUUGAAGAAUACAGCGUUGCAGCGAGUAUUUACUUACUUAAUCCUACAGAUUUAUGUGAGUUGUCCAGAACGAGUGUGUUGUCUAGUGGAUAUGAAGGUUGGUAUAAAGCUCACUGGAUUGGUGUUGGAGUAAAAGAGGCCUCAUUUUUUGAGGAAAAUGUCGGUGGAAUAGAUAUUUGGUAUGAUACAGCAGAAGAUACUUCAAUAAAACAUAAUGUCCCAAUGAUUAGAAGAAGAUACAGGAAAGAGACAUUGGAUCAAGAAUGGAGCUUCAUUCAAGAUCACUUUGGUACAUUUAACUCCAUAUGGUAG